CUCGUUUACAAAUACGCGAAUGAAACAAAUAUACAUUUGUGUGUAGCAUCAUAAAUACAAUAUCUCUUGCACUUGAAUAAGCUCUUUUGUAAAUUUGAAGAUUUGAAACUAAUUUGACGAUUUGGAUUUCUAAGUUACACAAGUUGUAAAAUCAAGGACAGUUUAUAGUUAUACAUCUAGACGUGAACAUUCUAAGAUCUGUGCGCUGUGAAAUGUUUCAUUUUUGAUGGGAUGCCUUGAUAUCUGAUUAUCCAGUGAAAAUCAUCGCAGUACCUCUAUAUCUACGUAUCACGUGACUCAAGAAAUGGUGAUAGCAAGGAGUUGAUAAGCCACGGCGUAAGUCAGGUUCCGCUCAGGACAAUUUUAUCUUCACCGUUUAAUCAACGAGCGAGCGACAGUGCUGAUAAAAUUUAACCGUGCCGAUUUUUGAAAAAGAUCUGAUACAUAUCGCAUAUUUAUAGCAGUACAUCUUGGAUUAACAGACAGAGAAAACAGACAGAAAUAUAUGGAUUUAUAUGAAAGUCGCAAUUAUUAGUUGUGCAAACUUAUGGUGUUUUGUUUUUUCCUAUCUUGAUUUUGAGACGACCUUGUUUUCAAUGAUCGCAUAUAUACUGAUCAAUAUUUAAACUUUAUACUGAUAUAUAUCUCAAGGAAAAUUAUUGAGAUUCGUGUUUGAAAGCAAAAGCUAUGGAUAUAGCAACUGCAGAACAACAGCACGCGGCUUGGUUGCGACCAGAAGCAAACAGAAUGGCAAACGGGUAUGAGCCUCCAGUUGGCUUUCCAUCUGAAGACAUUAGUGAAAUGUUCUCCUUGCAACAUGGCUUUGAUGGCAAUGGAUCACACAUGAAUCGUGCAGCUAACUACUAUUCACAGCACUCAGCCCGUGCCAUGGCAGGCUAUGGGGCCACACACAGUAGCAGCAACAUAUACCGGCCAAAUUUCCCACACCCACUAAACCCCUGGGCUGCAAUCGAGAGUAAAAUGCCUGCACAUACCGGUUGGGGUCACGCUCCCUAG